AUGGCGUCGAGAGCCAGUGUGGAAGAUGUCGAAUCCAGCCCUGAAUUCGAAAGAAUCAAGCAAAACUUUAGGAGCACUCUUGUCGUUCCGGAAGUUCCAGCCAACCUACCUGAGGCUCAGGCCACCUUCCAAGAACUGCAUAUAGAGCUGGAGCUGUUUCUAUCCCAGCAUAUCUUGAAGAUAACAUCGCUGCAAGGUCUCUUAGCUAGUAAUCUUGUUCGAGGAGGGCGUGGCGCUACUAGUACGGUUGUGGACGAUCCAGCUCCGCCCAAGUCCAGGCGGUGUACGUCGACCUCAGGGAACUUGCACCAUGCAGAUCCUGAAGUUGCGGAUCCUGUUGUCGACGUACCGUCACAUGAAGCCGGGUCAAACCUGCCCUCCCGAAAUUCCUCAAUGAAAGUCACUCAAGUGCCUGUCGAUGUGCACGUAAAUGCCUUGCAAACCUUUCUUGAUAAACAUUUGGAGAAUAUUCGGGCUCUUCAAUCAUCUAUGCAUUCCAACAGCCCCGAAGAGCCUCGGCCCCCUCCUAUCGCUCCAUUGGCCAGGGAUAGACCACUCGCCCAAGAUAACGAGAGAAAUCUCGAAGGAUAUGCUCAGCAAUUGAGCAUGGUUGUGCUCGUCGUACGCCAGGUCAUCGGUUGA